GACGAUUAAUUAAAGAGAAAAGGAGCUUUAAAUCAAAAUAGGGAGAGAGGAAGAGAGAGAAUCCAUCCACACCCAUGCCUAUCAUCAAAACGGAGGAACACGAACGGACCCACAUGUUACCCCUGCUGAACUCCGCUGACAGACCAGCCAUAUUCAUGGUCCCCCAUCCAGUACUUCGAUGAAGACAGCUACCCCUCCCCUCCCAGGAAUAUGAAAGGUCUAUCAGGUGGUCGUCCCCAGCUAAACAUCACACCUGGACAUUCCUGUGGGCUGACAGACUGCGACCACUCCCUCGACCACCUACAGCAUGGAAUUCCUGACUCCCGUUCGUCUUACUUGCUUAGUCCUACGGAGAGUUGCCCCAUGGACCACCACCGCUGCUCGCCGCGGAGCUCCAUCCAUUCGGAGUGCAUGGUGAUGCCUGUCUCCAUGGCCUCUGACCACGUUUCCAGCAGCACAUUUCCCAGGAUGCAUUACAGUUCACAUCAUGAGAGUUCGCGGGAGGAUGGCACCACUGGGCACGGCGGCAGCGGUGGUGGUCCUGGUAUUGUUGGAGGGGGUGGAGUAGGAGGAGGUGGUUCAGGUAGUGGUUCCGGUUCCGGAAAAAUGAACCGAAUACCUGCCAACCUCCUGGACCAAUUUGAGAAGCAGCUGCCCAUCCACCGAGAUGGAUUCCACACGCUGCAAUACCAGCGCACGUCCACGGCUACCACCAGCAGCGAGCAGCGGAACGAGAGUCCAGGUAGGAUCCGCCACCUGGUGCACUCUGUGCAAAAGCUCUUCACCAAGUCCCACUCGCUGGAAGGCUCUUCCAAGAUGAACGGCACCAAAGGAGACUCACGCUCAGAAAGCGGCCACCACCAUCACGGCCACCACCAUGGCCACCACAAACACAGCAAGAGAAGCAAGAGCAAGGAGCGCAAAUCUGACUCCAAGCACCGCUCAGGGAUUGCUGGGUGGUGGAGCUCUGAUGAUAACCUAGACAGCGACAGUACCUACCGGACUCCCAGUGUCAUGAGUCGGCACCAUGUGGACCACAUAACUCACUGUUACCCGGAAUCGGUACCAAGUCACUUUGGAGAUCUUUCACUUAAGACCUCCAAGAGCAACAAUGACGUAAAGUGCUCGGCUUGCGAGGGCAUGGGCUUGGCUCCUGAGGGCAAGUACAUGAAGCGGAGCUCUUGGUCCACUUUGACUGUUAGCCAGGCCAAAGAGGCCUACCGUAAGUCCUCGCUCAACCUCGAGAAACCCAUGAUGCCUCAAGACCUCAAGUCCCCCAUGAGGCCUUGUCAUUAUCUCCAGGUCCCGCAGGAUGAGUGGGGUGGAUAUCCUGGGGGGAAGGAUGAUGAGAUCCCGUGUCGGCGGAUGAGAAGCAGCAGCUAUGUGAAGGCGAUGGGAGACGAAGAAAGCGGUGACUCGGACGGCAGCCCCAAAAACUCGCCGCAGAAGAGCUCUCGGCCCGGCGGCCUCAUCAAGAACGUCUUGCAGAGGCAGCUAUCGGACCAGAGCUCAUACCGUUUGGACAAAUCGAGCAGUGACAUGGUGAAGUACCUCACCAAUUUUGCUGCAGAUUUAAGUCAGAGCUACCAUCUGCAAGCUUCAAGGGACAUCCAUCCCGGCAUUAUGCUGGACCCAUCACCCAAUUACAACUCACCCAAAUUUCGCUCAAGGAACCAGAGCUACAUGAGGGCAGUUAGCACUCUGAGCCAAGCCAGCUGCGUCAGCCAAGUGAGCCAGGUGAGCGAGGCUGAGAUGAACGGCCAGUUCGAGUCAGUGUGCGAGUCCGUGUUCAGCGAAGUGGAGUCACAGGCCAUGGAGGCGCUGGAUCUGCCCGGCUGCUUCCGGACACGCAGCCACAGCUAUCUGCGUGCCAUCCAGGCUGGCUACUCGCAGGAUGACGAGUGUGUGCCUUCCAUGAGCUCGUCCACCGUCACCUCCACCAUCAGGUCCACAGCUGGAAUCCAGUUCCGCCUCCCAUCAUCAGGCAGUGUGGACAGACCCUCCCAGCAGCCGCCAGCGGUCACCUACACCCCCAGUACUCCCACCUAUACGUGCACACCCCCUCCAGUGCCCCCUCGCAGUGCCUCCAAACCCCUUAUCUCCAUCACAGCACAAAGCAGCACCGAGUCCACGCAGGACGCCUACCACGAGGGACGUCUGGCCAGAGCAGGUCUGUGGGGUUCAGAAGGACUCGGGCUCGGUUUGGGUCGCACCCUCUACAACUCCACAGACAGCUUGGACAGCGCCAAGGCCGUCACUAUCGCCAUGGAAGCGGCGGCCAUGGCCAUGGCGGGAAAAAGACACCCGUCGACUGACUCCCACAGCUCGGUGCUGACCUGCGAUAAAGCCAUACUCGUAUCCAAAGCCGAGGAAUAUCUAAAAACACCUCGAUCAUCUAUAGGCAUACAGGUGGAGGCGGCUACAGAUUCGGAGUCAGAGAGCAGAGGAUUACGGGAAUAUCAUUCUGUAGGGAUACAGGUGGAAGAUGACAAACGCGUGGGCCGGUUUAAGCGCUCUAACAGCGUGACGGCGGGUGUGCAGGCUGACCUGGAGCUGGAGGGUUUCCCCGCAAUGGAGGAUAAGAGUCUGCAGUUUGGGGGCGGAGGCCUACAGCGGCACAGCGAGCCGAGCACGCCCACGCAGUACGGCGCAGUGAGAACCGUGCGCACACAGGGCCUGUUCAGUUACCGUGACGACUACCGCUCGGCCAAUGAGCCGUCCAGCCCGCAGCGCAGCGCCGAGCCCUGGCGCGAGCCCUCGGUGCCCACCGUGCCCACCGUGGCCGUAACAGUGACCCCACCCCAGGCCUCCGACUCGGGCCGGGCAUCGCCUUCGGCCAGGAGGGACGGCACUUGGUUCAUGCAGCUGCUGCACGGUGAGACCAAGAGGAUGGAGGGGUGGUGUAAAGAGAUGGAGGGAGAGGCGGAGGAGAACGACCUGUCUGAGGAGAUUUUAGGAAAGAUCCGGAGUGCUGUGGGCAGCGCUCAGCUUCUCAUGUCCCAGAAAUUCCAGCAGUUUUAUUGGCUGUGUCAGCAAAAUCUGGACCCAAGUGCAAUGCCGCGGCCCACCUCUCAGGACCUGGCUGGAUUCUGGGACCUCCUGCAGCUCUCCAUCGAUGACGUCACCUCAAAGUUCGACGAGCUGCAGAAGAUUAAGAGCAAUGAUUGGAGGAUUAUAGAAAGUCCUGUAAAGAAGCUCCCGCCCCCUGUACCAAAGAAGAUGCUGAAGAAGAGCAUGACACGGGAGAAGUCGCUGGAUCUUCCCGACCGGCAGAGACAGGAAGCACGAAGGCGCCUCAUGGCCGCUAAGAGAGCGGCGUCAUUCCGGCAGAACUCGGCAACCGAACGAGCCGACAGCAUCGAGAUUUACAUCCCCGAGGCCCAAACAAGACUCUGAGAGACUCUCCACAGCUUCAUCACAGCUCCAUCAUCAUCAUCAUCAUCAUAACAAUCAUUACUGUCAUCCAGUGAGCCACUAUCAAUACAGAAUAUCAAAAUCAGAUAUCCCAUCUUUUGAAAAAAAAAAUAGCUAUCUAGACAUGACAUAAUCAACCAUGAUUGCUGAAGAAUCAAAUUUUUUACGAGUCGGGUGCGAUUAAUUGGAGGGUGAGUAAGGACAAUUCCAAGGGCCCCUGAGUUUCUUUUGGGGGCCCAUAAACACACUAUGGCAUUGACAAGGAUGGGGGCCCAAAAUGUUAGGGGACCCGAAAUCUGUAGUGGCGCCCGUGAACUUCUGAGUAUUAAGAAAGGUUCCUAAGACUGUUGUGUUAGAUGUGUGAAGAGAAACUUACGCUGUAGUAUCGCAAAAGCAAACUUUAGGCAUUUAAAUGCUAUCAGCCUUACGAUGUAUCACUAAACUAGUGUUAUUUAGUAAUUUACAUAAGUAUCGUUAUAAAAAAUAUCAAACAUUGGCUAUACUGUUCAUGAAAGGUGUGUGAGAAGUGGCUAAAAGCCUUGGUGCUUUUUUCGAUUUUUCACAUUAUCAAAGUGCUAUUACUGACACUGCGCUCUGAAACCAGCACUAGCUCACAGCUUUGUUUGUCGUCGUCGUUGUUGUUCUUGUUCUUCUUCUUGUUGUUGAUAUGGGGACAGGGGGUCUGGAAAUUAUUUUUCAACACCCCAUUUCUCAGAGUUGAGAUUAACAUCUUUCUAACCUUCGUAAAAUAAUAAUAAUUAAUAAUAAUAAAAGUGCCAACGAUUCAAAUACCUCAAGCAUGCACGACAGGUCAAAAGGUUAAAAUUCUAAAAUUGAGUAUUAAUUCAUUUAGGUAGACAAAAGUCUAUCGCGGAAAUAAUUAUCAUCCUAAGGCGAACAAUAUCACCAUCUCAGCAUCGAGCACCACGGAAAUAUCCCAUUUGUGUUUUUACGUUUCACAUUCCACUUUAUCAAACUGCUUUAUGUUUUAUCAUCAUCAUUCUAUAGGAAAACAUUUAACAUUUUCUGUUGGAUUUUUUUUUUUUUCCCUGGAUGGAUUUGCUUAGCUCUUCUGAAUCGAUGAUGUAUAGUUUAAAAGACAAAAAAAAAGCAUUUUUGCACUUUUCUUCUAAAUAUACUACUCAUGUAUGUAUUUCCAAGGGAAAUGUAUUUAUUGCUGUUCGCAGAGGUAUUGUUGCAGUUGAAUUGCAAGGUUGUGUAUGAAUGAACAAGGAAUGAUUUCAAAUUCCACCAAAUAAUAAGGCUACACGCUUAGGUUUAUUUAUUUUAUUUUUUUUGUGUCAAUUAAAAAAAGUGGUUAUUUGAUUGUGGCUUUAUAAUCCAGGCAAAAACAGAGAAAUUCAGCUUGUUAAAAAAAAUCUUUUUCUUUCUCUAUUAAUGAAUAAAACUUAGAAAUUGUUAAAUAAAUAAAAAAUGGGGCAAAAAGCAAUCCAUUUUACUAAACCUUGUGAUAAAAGUGUAAAUCCUGCCAUUCGUGAUAUUCCCAUGACUCUAGCUUUUAGCCAGGUGGGGCUUUAGUUCUGGAUAAAAAAAUUAUUUUAGACUAUUAUAAUUAGAAAUUAGAUUAUUUUAAUUUGAUUUUUUAUUUGUAUAGCAUUUUAAGCAAUAGUCAAUGAUACAAAACACUCACUCAUC